AUGCAGGGUUCUGAUGAGAGAGUCAAUGUUGGUGAGGAUUCAAAUGCGAAUAUCAACAAUAAGGCCACAAGCGGAACAGAGCACCAAACAUCGCCACAUCGCCUCACACUGCGCCGAGGGCAGGGUCAUGCACCCUUGAUAGGUGUGGCUCAACUCGGCAUCAUGGGCGAAGCAGCCGUCGACGUGAGCUACCUCUCCGUGGGAGCCAACCGACACACAGCUAUCGCAGAUUGGAGCUCCGAUGGGCUACUUGCGUUUGGAGCAGAUAGUAACAUAGCCCUAUGGCGACCAGAUGCCUCAUCACCCUUUGGCGUCUCUCAUCUCCUGAGUGGCCAUAAGGAAGUGGUGAAAGCGGUCAAGUUCUUGCCACGGCACGACAGCGGGGGGCCUCACUACAUUGUCAGUGGUGGAGACGAUCACCUGCUCAAGCUCUGGGCGGUUCAUCACGACGGCAAUGUAGAGUGCGUACAGACAUUGCAGGAUCACCAAGCAGCCAUACACUGCAUUGCUGUACCUGCUGCACAGUGUGUAGGCUCAGAUGUUGUCAGGAGGACAAUCCUGGCAACUGGCUCGGCCGAUGCGACCAUCCGGAUCUGGGCUCUCGACUCUGGCAACCUGCAGUUACUGCAGACACUCAAGACGAAACCCAAAUACUUUCCCCUUGCACUAGCACUUAGUCCACUCGACGACCAACAUUCAUCAUUCGUCCUUGCUUCUGCCGGAACCAAAGAUAUCAUUCAGAUAUACUCGGGAUCAAAGACUUCGGAUGGGACCUUGCAGUUUUCGUUGCAAGCCACUCUAUCAGGCCACGAAGGAUGGAUCAGGUCACUCGACUUCACUCGUGAGAAGCCCGGUCCCGCUGGCGACAUACUGCUUGCAUCAGCAAGCCAGGACAAAUAUGUCCGUCUCUGGCGGAUACACAGGGGCAAGGAUCUCCCCGCCCAGGCGGCCAUGGGACAAGACUCGGCCAUGGGCGCCUUCCUCCCCGGGAAAUCCCCAUCAAACAAGGCCCACAGGAUAAAGGCAGGGGACGAAGACUACUCAGUGUCCUUCGAGGCCCUCCUCUUCGGCCACGAUGACUGGAUCUACAGUGCCAAGUGGCACGCCGCAGCAGAUGGCAGCUUGCGUCUCCUCUCCGCCUCGGCAGACAACUCGCUGGCCAUUUGGGAGGCAGAUGCUAGCACUGGCGUCUGGGUUACCACUGCCAGGCUCGGUGAACUCAGCAGGGAGAAGGGCGCCACUACUGCAACUGGAAGUAUAGGCGGUUUCUGGACUGGCCUAUGGUCACCCUCGGGCGAAUCUGUGGUCGUCCUCGGCAGGACAGGUAGCUGGAGGCGCUGGGCCUAUGAUUCAACAGCGGGCCGCUGGAUACAGGCCUUGUCUAUAACGGGACACACGAGAGCCGUGACCGGGAUCUCGUGGUCAAGAGAUGGCCGCUACCUCUUGUCGACAUCUUCCGACCAGACCACCCGCCUGCACGCCGAAUGGAAGCCUGCAGGACAGCCGCCGACGUGGCACGAGAUGUCUAGGCCACAGAUUCACGGCUACGACCUGAACUGUAUUUCUGCCCUGGGAGCGUCGCAAUUCGUCUCCGGAGCCGACGAGAAGCUCAUGCGGGUCUUCUCGGAGCCCAAAGCAGUGGCCAAGAUGAUCGCUCGCCUCACCGGCGGCACCGAGUCGGACCCGGCGAGCAUCGACGCCAUGCCCGACGCCGCCAACGUCCCCGUCCUCGGCCUGUCCAACAAAGCCAUCGACGCCGUCGACGACGACGAGGAGCUCGCGCCCAUGGACGACUUCGACCACAAUGCCGUGGACCCGGCCUCGGUCGUGCGCAAGUCCACCCUCGACUUUGACCACCCGCCCUUCGAGGAGAGCCUGUCGCGGCACACGCUCUGGCCUGAGGUCGAGAAGCUGUACGGCCACGGCUACGAGAUCAGCUGCCUCGCCGCCUCGCACGACGGCAGCCUCGUGGCCAGCGCCUGCAAGGCCAGCUCGACCAACCACGCCGUCAUCCGCCUCUUCGAGACGCGCGGCUGGACGGAGGUCAGGCCGCCCCUCGUCGCCCACUCGCUCACGGCCGCCCGCCUGCGCUUCUCGAGUGACGACCACUACCUCCUCAGCGUCGGGCGGGACAGGCAGUGGGCCGUGUUCGAGAGGACCGAUGCUGUCGUCGGCGGCGGCGACGAGAGGCGGCUCACCUACGCGCCGUUGCAGCUCAUGCCCAAGGCACAUACUCGGAUGAUUCUAGACUGCGCGUGGGCGCCGUAUGCAGGCGGCGAGAGGCGAGUGUUCGCCACGGCAGGCCGGGACAAGAGUGUCAAGGUGUGGGGUGAGAAGGAGGCAGAUGGGAAGAGGUCGUACGAACUCGUCACGACGCUGGCAGGCGAGCACCCGGUCACUGCUGUCGAAUUCCUUUGGAGGAGGCCGUCCGAGGAGGAGGAUCUGAUCCUAGCCGUGGGCAACGAGGUGGGCAAGUUGUCUAUAUACCGCCUCGCUCGUGCAGAUCUGUCUCUUCGAUCCAAGUUUGACCUUCCUGAGCGAUUGUGGCUGCCAAAGCCCGUGCUGCAACUGGCCUGGAGGCCGGCCCAGGACGACAGAAACGCCGCUGGCUUUGACCUGGCCGUGGCUGGAGAGGAUAGCUCGUUGAGAGUGUACACUGUUACUGGGCUGUGA